GUGAGAUGUUGUUUGCAAUUGAAGAGAUAGAAUGAUGUUUUAGUUACAAAUGAUUUAAAAUGAUGUAUAAUUCCAAUACGUCCGUAGACUACUUAUGAAAUAAGGUGGCUAUUAUUGUCAGCUUGCCUGGCUCUUGGAGUGUCUACGUGCUGAAGAUUCUCGGAGUAGCUGGCCUUACGCGGGAAUGCUGGUCCCGAAGUUUCUGAAGAGCUGCCAGCUCUCGGGAAGGUGCGUAUUUCUAUUGUGGGUGCACCGGCGCCAGACAGCGGCUGUAUGGUCAUUCCUGUCCGCUACAUAACAACUGUGGGAAUGUCAGAAACUAACAUCACAUGCCACUAAAACAAACCCUAAUUGCAAAGAAUACUGCUUUUUCACACAUCUACAGUUAAUCUUCUGAAAUGCCGGAGCAAAGCAAUGAUUAUAGGGUGGUUGUAUUUGGAGCAGCAGGAGUUGGGAAAAGCUCUUUAGUUCUCCGCUUUGUUAGAGGGACUUUCAGAGAAACAUAUAUUCCAACAGUUGAAGAUACAUAUAGGCAGGUGAUCAGCUGUGAUAAGAAUAUAUGUACACUACAAAUCACGGACACUACAGGAAGCCAUCAGUUUCCUGCAAUGCAGAGGUUGUCCAUUUCCAAAGGGCAUGCAUUCAUUCUGGUGUACUCUGUGACCAGCAGGCAAUCCGUGGAAGAACUGCAACCCAUCUAUGAGCAGAUAUGUGAAAUCAAAGGAAACAUUCAAAAUAUCCCCAUCAUGUUAGUGGGUAACAAGAGAGAUGAGACUCAGAGAGAAGUGGAGGCCACCGAGGGAGAAGCGCUGGCCUCGAAGUGGAUGUGUUCUUUCAUGGAGACCUCGGCCAAACUAAACCACAAUGUGCAGGAACUUUUCCAAGAGUUGCUUAAUUUGGAAAAGCGGAGAGCAGUAAGCCUCCAAGUGGAUGGAAAGAAAUCCAAACAACAGAAAAAACGAGACAAACUGAAAAGAAAAUGUUCCCUGAUGUGAAGCAUUGUCUAAUUGAAUUCUAUUUACUGCAUGGUACAACCAGGCAUGGAUUUCACAGGCUCCUGUGCCACAUGAUCCACAUAUGCACAAAAAGUCUCAUUUCUAAAUAGCCACAAAUCAGAUAAUAAAGUCUUAAAUCAACUGUACAAUCAAUGAAUCAAAGCUAAAUGUCAGAUCUCUACAAUGGGUGGACUCCAUCAUGAGCUUUGGUUGUUGUUUGGACAAAAAAAAACAUGCUUCCUGCAUUUUCUGAUUUAAAUCAUAAUUUCCUAUGUGCAUGGUUACUGCAACAAAAAUAUAUUAAAAUUUAUCUGCAUGAAUGACCAGAGAACUUCUGUUUUAUUUUAGAUUAGAACUCUUACAAGUAAGUAAACCAAUAUUAAUUGAUAAAUAAACAACUUUUAUUUUUCCCUCCAGUUUUCUUCUUUCAAGGUAGUUGCUUACUCUGGAGUGCAGUAUCAUAGGACUGGCUAACAGUCCCUUCUCUUCUUCUUCACUACCCUCAUGAUUUGCCUCCAGUUCCCCAUCUCUUUCCCUUUACUCCACUGUCCUCUUCUAUCAGAUUCCUUCAUCUUCAGCCUUCUACCUCUUCCAGCUAUCACU